UGUAAAGCCCCACAUAGCCUUGAUCAUUGUAAAACACAGAUUUCAAUUUAUCCCACAUUUAUCACCUUCCAGCUGUAAAGCCCCGCAUAGCCCACUCUCUCUCUCCAAUCAUUGCCGGUAUCCACCAGCGCAGCCCCUUCACAACUCCCUGAAACAGCCCUUGCGGUAGCUCUGCCACCCGCCGGAAUCUACCGUCGUCUCCCACCGACAUACCUCUUCUCUCUCCCUGCAACAGCCCCCUUCAUAGCUCCUUCCAUUCAAAGGUCAAAGCUCACAUUUCUCUGGUUCGAGAAAGGAAGCUUAUUGUAUACUAGAGGUGGAUUUGUUACGAUAUCCCCUUGUAAGCCGGUUUAAACAUCGGGUGCAAAUAUCGCCUUCAAGAUAGUGACACCGUAAUGCACGUUAAGUCUAUCUUUAAGUGUGUUGUUCUUCUAUUUUCAUUGGAUCCGAUCUCUAUCAAAAUCCAAGAAUGGCAGUAAGCAGUUCAUCAAUUUCCAUGGAGACCAUGGCCCUAGAUCCAAUAUGGGUGAGUUCUUUAAAAGGGAAGAUCCAGGCUGAUUUGCAAAAACUAAAAGCGUCAGCAUGUAGUAAUUGUUGUUCCAUUUACAGAGUCCCCCAUUGCUUACGUGAAGCUGACAAAACGGCCUACACCCCUCAUUCUGUCUCUGUGGGCCCAUUCCACCAUGGUGAGAAAAUGCUAGAGGCCAUGGAACAGCACAAACAUAGGUACUUGCAUGAGGUCCUCUCUCGGGACAGUGACAUCGGAUUGGAGAGGUAUUUGAUGGCCAUCAAGGAGUUGGAGCAACGUGCAAGGGAGUGUUAUUCAGAAACCAUCCACCUCAACAGCAACCAAUUUGUUGAGAUGAUGGUGGUUGAUGGUUGCUUCAUUCUCCAGCUCCUUUACAAGCAGUACAGCCGUAAGGGUAGAAAAAACGACCCCAUCUUCAUGCAGAGCUGGCUCACAUGGAAGUUGCAAAUUGACUUGCUGAUGCUCGAUAACCAAAUUCCAUUCUGUGUUCUCAAACGUUUAUUCGAUCUAAUUAAAUUUCCACUCCUACUGGACAACUCUUUCACAAGCAUCAUCCUCAACUUCUUCAACGAUAUUUGGCCAAGUAGAAACACAAUAACAGUAGAAGACAAUCCGAUUUCCGAUCCCAAUCACAAAUGCGAAAUCCAGCAUUUGCUCCACCUAUUUCACUCAAGUCUCGUUCUUGAAAUCAAUCUACAUAAAAAAAGCCAGACAGAAGGAGAGAAUGAAUCGUUCAAUCCAUUUCCAUGCGCGACAAAACUUCGUGAGGCAGGGGUGAAGUUCAAGGCAGGUAAUGCUAGUAACUUCUUAGAUAUUAAAUUUGGAAAAGGGGUGAUAGAAAUUCCGCCCUUAUCCAUUGAAGAUGGUACCAACUCAGUCUUCCUAAACCUCAUCGCCUUCGAACAAUGCUAUUCUUAUUGCAGUAACCACAUUACGACUUACGCCACCUUCAUGGAUUGUCUCAUCAACUCUGCAACAGAUGUUGGGAUUCUAUGCCACAAUGGAAUCAUCAAGAACUGGUUGGGCAGUGAUGAAGAGGUAGCUGAUCUCUUCAACAAGCUUGGCAGAGAUGUAAUCGUUGAUUCCAACGAUUUCUAUCUUUCUGAUGUUUCUAAGGGAAUAGAUGAAUAUUACAGGACCCCGUGGCAUGCUUGGCGUGCAAGCUUGAUGCACAAGUACUUCAAUAAUCCAUGGGCCAUCAUUUCCCUGAUUGGUGCUGUGAUAUUCCUUGUCCUUACAUUCAUACAGACAUUCUUUGCUCCAUUUUCAUAUUUCCACUCACCAUCAUAGACCCAUGCUUGAACUGGAAGAUGUGCUAUGGACGAUUCAUUUCCUUUUCAAUUUCUUGUUUCUCAGUGGCUUAAUGUUCCAUUUAUCAAAGAAAAAUGAUGUAUUAUGUCUGACAAUGAUUUCUAUAUUUAGCAUCUCCAAUGUGUGAGUCCUUUCA